GUAGUAAACACGCCAUCAUCAGCCCAGCUGUACUUUGACCAAGACAUCUCUAUAAAUAAGCUGGGAGGAGAGCAAGUGGCUGCAGGGGAAAGGAGAGCUGAGCCCUCCUCUUCCAGCCUGUGUACCAGCCAUGGAGGGCAGAGAUAACCAGGUGGAGACUGUAGUAGGUGUCAUCUUCUCCAGAAACCGUCAGGAGUGUCCUGAGCCUGUGAAGGCACAAGUGCAAGGGCAGAUUCCAAACUGGCUGCAGGGAACGCUGCUGCGCAAUGGCCCCGGAAUACACUCCGUCGGGGAGAUGUCAUACAACCACUGGUUUGAUGGUCUCUCUUUGCUGCACAGUUUCACUUUUAAAAAUGGUGAGGUGUACUACAGAAGCAAGUUCCUUCGCAGUGACACGUAUACGUCUAACAUGGAGGCCAAGAGAAUAGUGGUGUCAGAAUUUGGGACCAUGGCCUACCCAGACCCCUGCAAAAAUAUCUUUGCCAAGGCCUUCACAUACCUGUCACAUGUGGUGCCUGAGUUCACAGAUAACUGCUUAAUCAACAUCAUAAAGUUUGGAGAUGAUUAUUUUGCUUCCUCAGAAACGAACUUCAUCAGGAAGAUCGAUCCUCAGUCUCUGGAAACACUAGAAAAGGUGGACUAUAUGAAGUAUGUGACGGUUAAUUUAGCAACAUCUCACCCCCAUUAUGACAGUGCAGGGAACACAUUAAAUAUGGGGACAUCCAUUGGUGAAAAAGGGAAAACAAAGUACAUGAUAUUUAGGAUUCCUCCCACAGUUGCAGGUCAAGAUAAUAAGAAAAGGUCACCCCUGAAAAAUGCAGAAGUUCUUUGUUCCAUUCCUGCCCAUCGCCUUCUGAGUCCCAGCUACUAUCACAGCUUCGGGAUGACGGAAAACUACAUCAUUUUUGUAGAACAGCCUUUAAAGUUGGAUAUCUUGAAGAUGGCGACAGCCUACUUCCGUGGUGUCAACUGGGCUUCAUGCAUCACCUUCCAUGAUGAUGAGAAGACUUGGUUUCACAUCAUUGAUAAAAGGACCAAGAAGCCAGUUGCAGAGAAAUAUUAUUCUGAUGCCUUGGUGACCUAUCAUCACAUUAAUGCGUAUGAAGAGGACGGCCAUGUUGUAUUUGAUAUUAUCAUGUACAAGAACAAUAGUUUGUAUGAAAUGUUUUAUAUGGCUAAUUUAAGGAACGACUUAACGCAGGAGACGGCAAUGACCUCUAUACCAUACGCUAAACGAUUCGUUGUCCCUCUGCAAUAUGAUAAGAAAGCAAACGUAGGAGCAAACCUUGUAAGACUGCCUGAUACAAGCGCAACAGCGGUCAGAGACAAAGACGGCGAGAUAUGCUGCAACCCAGAGAUCCUAUGUGAAGGAAUUGAACUACCUAGAAUUAACUAUGACUAUAAUGGCAAGAAAUACCGAUAUGUUUACGCUUCUCACGUGGAGUGGCGCCCCAUUCCCACCAAGUUACUGAAGUUUGACGUGGUAACCAAAGAGAUGCUGGUUUGGAGUGAGGACAUGUGCUGGCCUGCGGAGCCCCUGUUUGUACCACACCCAGAUGGCAAAGAAGAGGAUGAUGGAGUUAUAUUAUCUUCUAUAGUAUCUUCCAACCCAAACAAAUCCUCUUUCUUACUAAUACUGGAUGCCAAAACCUUCAAGGAAGUGGGCCGUGCCAGCGUCAAUGCCAACGUUCAUCUGGACCUGCAUGGUAUAUUCAUCCCGGACAAGAACUGAGCAUCUCUAUACCAGACUAGAACUGAGCAUCUCUAUAACAGAUAACAACUGAGCAUCUCUAUACCAGACAAGAACUGAGCAUUUCUGUACCAGACUAGAACUGAGCAUCUCUAUACCAGACAAGAACUGAGCAUCUCUAUACCAGACUAGAACUGAGCAUCCUUAUAACAGAUAAGAACUGAGCAUCUUCAUACCAGACAAGAACUGAGCAUCUCUAUACCAGACUAGAACUGAGCAUAUUUAUACCAGACAAGAACUGAGCAUCUCUAUACCAGACUAGAACUGAGCAUCUCUAUACCAGACUAGAACUGAGCAUCUUUAUAACAGACAAGAACUGAGCAUCUCUAUACCAGACUAGAACUGAGCAUCUCUAUACCAGACUAGAACUGAGCAUCUCUAUACCAGACAAGAACUGAGCAUCUCUAUACCAGACAAGAACUGAGCAUCUCUAUACCAGACUAGAACUGAGCAUCUUUAUAACAGACAAGAACUGAGCAUCUCUAUACCAGACUAAAACUGAGCAUCUUUAUAACAGACAAGAACUGAGCAUCUCUAUACCAGACUAGAACUGGGCAUCUUUAUAACAGACAAGAACUGAGCAUCCUUUUAACACACAAGAACUGAGCAUCUUUAUAACAGGCAAGAACUGAGCAUCUUUAUAACAAACAAGAACUGAGCAUCCUUAUAACAGACAAGAUCUUUAUACCAGACAAGAACUGAGCAUCUCUAUACCAGACUAGAACUGAGCAUCUUUAUAACAGAUAAGAACUGAGCAUCUCUAUACCAGACUAGAACUGAGCAUCUUUAUAACAGACAAGAACUGAGCAUCUUUAUAACAAACAAGAACUGAGCAUCCUUAUAACAGACAAGAUCUUUAUACCAGACAAGAACUGAGCAUCUCUAUACCAGACAAGAACUGAGCAUCUUUAUAACAGACAAGAACAGAAUAUCUUUAUAUGAGACAAGAAUGCAGCAGUAACUACACAGUUAAAUUAAUAAGGAACAUAAGAGCUCUUCACUUUGGCAAUAGUCCUGUAUGGUCAGGACAGAAUUAAGGGACCAUAGCAAAACCCCAGAAACCAAAACUUCCAUUUACAGAAUGUUCAGUAAGAGGACGGUGUCGCUGAUAAGCAGGACACAGAGCUUGUACAGAGCUGAACUGCAUGUACUAUGCACAGUAGCCGGGCACACCACAGUGCAAGUAGGACAUCCAUAUACCACAAUGUAGGCUGCUGACGGUUGUUUAUAUUGUGAACAGUAGCAUAGCUCCUAACUGUCCCAGCAUCUAUCAGUACGGGGAGGGUUAGCCGGGGGGGGGGGGUUGCCCAGCUGUUCAGGGAGCGCUGGACAUGCCCCCAAAAUGGCAAAAAGUGGGCUGCGGCACUAGACCAUGCCCUUCACCUGAGGCCACGCCCACAUCACUUUUCCGGCGCGGCAAGUCCUGCAUCCCAUGCACCAAAAGUUGGGAGGUAUGCAGUAGGUAAAAGGACUGAGAGGUAAAUUGAGUUAAGAGAACUAAUGAAGUCUCACCACAGAUUACAGCAAAGACAAAGGACCGAGUCCAAGAGACAAAAGAAAAUAUACCACAACUGUACAAUUGAGUAUACAAACACCAGCACGAUUCUAAGAGAUUGUGCAUAAUUAUUGUCAUUAAAUUCAAACUAUUCAUAUGCACUGACUGCCAGAGCAUUCUGGGAUCUGUGGUCCUUCUGUAGUCCUAGAUCGGUCUGCAGUAAGACUACAGAAGGGAGCAUCCUCUUUCUGUAUGGGGAUUUAAUUUGGUACAUUAUUUUUUCUACUGCACACUGACAGUAAAGAUAAACUCCACACCCUGAAUUUAUGAAUUUAUCUCCUACCUGAUACAUAGCAUUUAUAAACUUUACCACCUGUUAUAAAUCAAGGGCAAGGUCUGUGUCUUUUAUCUGACACAUGCAAGAUAUGGUCAGUAUAUCUCCCUCUCUCUCUCCCAUCCCCCCCUCCCUAUCUCUCUCAAUUAUACUACAUGCACAUGAGCACAACAUUAUUGACCUCCUUCUCAGGUCUGCACCUCUUUCAUCAGCCUCACCCACCUUUUCUGUACAUGUUCUGUUUUUGUGUAUAAUUUGUAUGUUGUGUGAUUUGUCAUUCUAAAUGUCUUCAGUGAAGCUCUGUAGUGUCUAACUUUAAACUGAACAAUGAUUUUGGGUUCCUUACUUUAAAUAAAACAAGUCUAGGCACUCAGAGGUUUCCAACGCGUUUCAUCUGUGCAGCAGACUUCACCCCUUGAUGAAGUCCGCUGCACAGAUGAAACGUGUUGAAAUACCCUGAGUGCCUGAACUCUCUCACGGGAGAGAUAGGCACUUAAUUUUGAUGCUAUUGUACGUAUGAUACUUACCAUUGAACAGAAGUCCCAUAUGUGUGCUAUAUCCUCUUUUUAAUUCUUUUUAAAUGUUUUAAUAAAUCUAUCCUAUUUUUUUACUUUGGAUUUGUUGCCAAUUAAUUGGGACUGUGAAUUCCUGACAUAACCUUAUGUGUGUUGCAGAGAUUUGCAAUUGACAUAUGCUGCUAAGAAAUACGCAUGAUGGUCUGAUUAUUGUGUUCUUUCUCAUAUUAUAAAGAAUUUAGAGAUAAGCUAAAUUAUUUAUUUACAGUUUUUGCUCAUUGUUAAGCACUUUUGGGCGCUGAGUAUUUCUCUUCCAGCAUACUAAUAUAUAUAUAUAUAUAUAUAGUAGUAGUUCCAGUUUCCUGGGGGGCACUCUCCUUUGCACAUCAUCCAACGAAAUUUCUUAAUUCACAAUAGGCUUUAUUGGGUCUCACAAUCGGCUUUAUUAGGUCGACGUUUCGGCUCAAUAAAUGGAGCCUUUAUCAAGACAAGCCAUACAUAUAAUCAUAUUGUCAAAUGAUCGUAACCUAUACAAAUAACAAAUACAUAGAAUGAAUAUAUACAAUCAGUCUCACGGGCCCAAUCAGAAAAUCACCAUUAAAGUGCAAUUCGCAUAAUUACAAGAAAGAAGUGCCAGGAGGUAGCGAUACAACCAGAUAUGGAAAUCUCACUUACAAGUAUACCCACUGAGAUGAAAAAUAGAGAGUGAGAGUUAAGUAUCAUGUCACCCAACUGUAGUGUGUCGCCAGAGGUUAUAUUAAUGGCGUACUUACUAAAAUAAGUAUAAAUCGGCAGUACAACACUGUGGACGGACUAUCGGUCACUCCAGCAUAUUGGCCUAUAGAUAAAACAACAAAUAAUAUAUAGCAGGUUCCCAAUGUAGUAAGGGUUAAAAGUAAUACCAAAUGACACCCAUACCAAACACUGAUUUCCACUUACUUCACAGAAAAAAACUCCUGGAUAACUUAUCCAAAUAGUGGCACCUCAGUCAAUAGAGCCUCUGCAAAUGCAAGUACAAGGGGAGUAUCAUGAGGAGAGUACCCCUAAACAGUCAAGGAUGGGCCUCAGCCAUCAUGUAGGGAAAUCAAAAUUAAAGAACUAUAAUGAUUCUUACCCCUGGAGCUCGCGGAUCAACGUCCAUUCAGUGUGCCUGCCUAAUGUCCAAUGAGCACAGCGUGCCUUAUAAGCACAUACGGCUGGAAGUACAGCCAAGAAAAAGUACCAUCUUCCUUAAUUACACACAACGACUCUCUAAAUCCUCAGUCCCCUCCGUUGUAACCGCCAUCACAUCACCAAACUAAAGCCAAUCGACCAAACAUACCAUAGGUGCAGGAAUCUGAACAUCGCCGCCGGUCCGAGUGGUGUGCGCUCCAUCACCCGGAAGUCACAUGCCGGGUGCGUUCCAAAGCCCGGAAGUCGUAUGCAUGAUGCGUUCCGACGACCGGAAGCCUCACCAUCAAGGGGAUCCGCUGCCUAGCAACAUGAUUCCGCGAAUCGCGGUAGCAUAAUUUAAAGUGUAAACAGUAGUGGCUCGCAGAUUACACAACGCCAAACUGCUCCCCACGUGCCAGCAACACCAGUCAGGGACAACCAACAGUCCUGGACCAUGGGGAACUCACUACAAAUCCGCUGUGCCACCCAAUCGGGUCCUAGAUCGUCACAUAAUUAUUACAUGAUGACGACAAUAAACAAAUAAACUACACAACAGUCACAUGCCCCAUGCCGGGUUAGGCUCACAGUAAGUGUAUAAUAAAAGCGCACACCUUGUUCUUAUACAUGAUAACGAGUCCCACUAAUCCUACAGGGAUAGAAAUUUAUAUAUCAAGGCCUCCAGUCUAAACGGCCAAAUGUUCAUUUACAUGGACAAACAUAUAAAGGUGUAUCUAAUCAGGCCCGUGAGUAUAUAUAUAUAUAUAUAUAUAUAUCCCAAGAAUUUCUACAGUCCACAUACAGUAGGCAGAGAAAAAAAAGACCAGCACACCGCCAAUGGAAUUUUUCAGAAAGUUUCUUAUGCAAUCAAAAAAAGUGUAUCCAUAAAAGUUAAGAGCAGCAUGACAACAAAUGCUUCUGAAGUUCAAAGGAGAUAAACAUGUUACUUAUCAUGUCCUCACAGGGACCUGACCCAGGUAUUCCCUUAGCAGCCUGACAGCCGUUUCGGUGAUCUCCCACCUUCCUCAAGAGCCUAAGAAACUUUUGGAAAAUUCUAUUGGUGGUGUGCUGGUCUUUUUUUUCUCUGCCUACUGUAUGUGGACUGUAGAAAGGCUUGGAUAUCUAUGUCACUAUGAGAUUACAGCACCUGAUUGUCUAAGUGAAUUGUGUGUGGGUUUUCUUCAUUGCUAUAUAUAUAUAUAUAUAUACAUAUAUACAGGCAGCCACACUGACUGGACGUGGAUUCGUGACCUCCAGGGAGGUUUUAUUGACUGAGAUGCCACCAUAUGGAUAGUUAUCCAGGAUUUUUAGAUUUUUUCGAUCUGUGUGAAGCCAAUAUGCUGGAGUGACUGAGAAUCUACCCACAGUGUGGUGUUGUCGAGUGACUUAUUUUUAGUUAUGACCUUUUGACUAUAAAAUUAUUCGUAAGGCUUGUCUUGAUAAAGGCUCUAUCGAUAGAGCCGAAACGUCGACCUAAUAAAGCCAAUUGUGAGACCGAAUAAAGCCUAUUAUGGAUUAAGAAAAUUUGUGUGAUGAUGUUUAAAGGAGAGUGCCCCCCAGGAAACUGGAACUACUGCUACAUAUGUUGAUCUACAGGGAUUCUGUGGAUUCUACUGGGUGCACCCCACAGUUGAUUAUUUAUGGACGUGAGUGCAGGAUUUCCAUGGAUAUAUAUACAGUAUAUAUGUAUAAUCAUUGUUUGUUUUAGUGUAUAAAUAAAAUCCCCCCUUUUUUAGAUUAAUUUUGAUCUGGUUACUCAUUUUAUAUAUACUUUUAGAUCCACUUUUAUCAAAUUAUUUUAAGACACCGUUGGUCGCUAUAUCCCCCACCCCCCCUAUAUAUAUAUAUAUAUAUAUAUAUAUAUUUAUUUACACACACAUACAUA